GUUCAACAAACCCACAUUCUUCAGUCGUUGUUGCCCCAAACGAAACCCUUCCUUUCUCCUCAAAAACCGGAUAUGCAGAAUACUAGGAGGAAGAAAACCCGAGGUAAAGAGACAGAAGUUUUUGGCUGUCGAAUCCUUCUUCUGUUUCAGUGGUGAUCGAGGAUGAUGAUGGAGGUUGUGAUGGUGCUGAAAUCGGCAAGAAGAUGGUGAAGAUCGGAGAAUGGAAACAAGGUGGAGAUUUGCAGAAAGGGGAAGAAUCGAGAGAGAAGGAGAAAUGGGGAUGGCAAUUUUCUCCGCAACUCGUGGAGCUUCGCGGAUUUUUCCGCCCCAGGGAUGGAAAUUCUGAGAAUAUUCCUCCUCAUGGGACGGGGAUGGAGACAUUUUUUUUCCCGUGAAAUUUUGUGGAGAAUUUCUUCUGCCCUGUUGGGAGCCAUGGAGGUCCAUAUAAAAUAAAAAAUAAAUAAAUUUAUUUAUU